AUGCAGACAAGAUCAAGGACCACCGUGCUCGGGAAGAGGCCACACCAAGUGGCCGAUCCAGAGGCCACCUCGACGUCGCAGUGCGACCAAACGUCAGGUCUUCCCACUCCCGACUCAACCCCCAAUCCCAAACGUGUACGGACUACAGUUACACAACUAGACGGUGACUCAAACAAAGAAAACAUUCCACCCUUCGUGGGUCAAGUCGUCAAUCCGUCCCCGAGGUCGAUCCGUUCCUUGCGAAGGACGAGUACAGAAUCGAUCUCCACUCCAAGACCUCGCGGUACUCUGCGUAGACAUGCUUCUACUUCCAAUUUGAGGGCCACUCCCCAAACCCAGGCCACAGCGCUUAAUGGUCUAUCCCUCACACCUCCAUCCACUCCCCCUUCAUUCUCUCUUCCGAUACACGUACGUGCUAAGGGCCUUCUCCGCCCUACGUGUAACAGCGUGGCCGACAUUGCCGGCCGUCACACUGAGCGCGCGGAGAUCCGCAACUUCAUUGCAUCUUUCUUCACUCAGAAUGAGAGCUCAUCCGAGCCACAGUCUACUCUCUAUAUCUCGGGUUCUCCUGGAACGGGCAAGACAGCGCUCGUGAAUGUCGUUCUCCAAGCGAUCCAACCUGAGCUGGCAGAUCACGACAUCAGGGUCAUCUCUGUAAACUGCAUGGCUCUCAGUGGCGUCGACGCACUCUGGGAAAGGAUUGCAGAAGAGCUUUCCGCUGAUGCGCACACCUCGAAGAGGACUCGCUGUGCCAAGAAGGGCAAGGAGACCGCUGACAAGAUUGUUGAGAGGAUACUCAGCCUCAGGAAGCCGAAGUGUGUCCUUCUGCUUGAUGAGCUUGAUCACAUCGGCUCAUCUCAGUCUCUGAGCUCGCUCUUUACUCUUGCUCAGACGUACUCUUCCAACAUCCGGAUGAUUGGUAUCGCGAAUACCCAUACCCUCACCUCAGCAUCUUCGACAUCCUUCUCGUUGCAAUCUGUGAAAGGAGUGAAGACCCUGCACUUUGCGCCAUACACCCCUCAGGAGUUGAUGGAGAUCCUUACCGCUCGUCUUUCCCCUCUCUCCGCUGGUGACUUGGCGGACGCAGCGAAGAAAUUCUUGCCGGUCCCAACAUUGACUCUUCUUACCAAGAAGGUGGCCGCACAGACCGGUGACGUCCGUGCCGUCUUUGAAGUCCUGCGUGGGGCUAUCGACGUUGCGUUGAAUGUCAAUCUCUCUGCUGAUACCUCUGGCGGUACUGUGCCGGCCGUCACACCAUCCCACGUCCUCGCCGCCCUUAAGGCUUAUGCGCCCGCAGGCACUCCUGUGCGGUCAGUAUCCACGUCAUCAUUGCCGACGCCUAACGUCACACCGGUGCAGCCGAAGAAUUCUGGGGAUAGUGAGUUAGUCGCUAAGGUGCGGGAGCUCGGUUUGCAGGCCCGUCUAGCUCUGCUUGCGAUGCUCCUCGCGUCGAGGCGCAUUACCUCGGGCCUUCCACUCUCCGGCUCCUCAUCGACUUCCGCACCGUCUACACCCUCGCGCUCACCGAUAAAGCGUAGCCAAUCGUUCAACGGGCUUCUUGCUGCAAGCCUGGCACCCGGGAUGGACGCCACACAACUUUACGCCUAUUACUCGGCGCUGCUCACGCGCAGCGAUGGCGGUAUCUUCAGUGCCGUCUCGCGCAGCGAGUUCGGCGAUCUUCUAGGCGUGCUCGAGACCGUCGGCCUCGUCACUUUGUCGUCCAGCGCCGGGAGCACGCCGCACUCCCCUUCGAAGUCGGGUCGCCGUAGCCUGGUUCGGGCGACGUCCUUCAACAUGGGCCCGGGAAAGCGUGCUGGGCAGGACGUGUCUUUCGUUGGGGGCAUGCGGACGGACGAGCUCGCGCGGGGGCUGGGACUUCAGUCGGACGCCACCGUGGACGUGCGCGAGGAAGAGGUCCGGGCCAUCUGGGAGCGUGAAUCUGCAAGGAUUGCACGCGAAGGAAAGGCUUGCCAGAGCGCCGCGCCACCAGGAGACCUGUUCGACGAUGCGAUGGAAGGUUGA